ACGAUGGUGGAAAGGGAAGCCCACGCGAGAGUGAGGAGGACGACCGAGGAGUCCAUUAGAGUGGGGGAAACGAAUCCACCACCACCUCCACCUCCACCUCCACCCACCCACUCCAAAGCCCAGGUGCCCACCAAACUGCUCCUCCCUCCGCCUUCCGGCCGCGACCCAGCCGAGCCCCACGCGACGCGGCCGGAGGAUGUGCGAGGGGAGGCGGCUCGCCGACGCGCGGCGGCCGGGGUCGGCGGCGGCGGAGCUGCGGAGGAGGGAGGCCGCGGCGGACGCGCAGCUGGCGGCGGCGCGGGCGCGGCUGGCCGAGGCGCUGGCGGAGCUGGAGCGGGCCCGCGCCCGCGCCGCUGAGCUGCAGCGCCGCCUCGAGGAGACGUACGGCAAGCGCCGCGGCCUGAAGCGGGUGGCCGCCGCCGCGCGCGAGCGGAUCCAGGAGACGCGCGCGCGCCUCCAGGAUCGGCAGCAGCAGCAGCAGCAGGAGGACGACGAGAUGUCUCCCGCCGAAUCCGAUCCCACCGCCGCAGCAGCCUCUUCCUCCGCAUCCUAGGUUGCAACCGGUUUGGUGUCAUGGCGUGUGUGUGUUGCUGCUGCAGAAUGAUCAGCUGAUUGGAGUGGCACGGGCGGCUUACCAUUUUCACAUAGGGGAGCUUAGGCCUUUGUAAUAUACUACUUACUUACAGUGUUGUGUGGAACUGUGGAUCAUCAGAGGCUGAGAUGAUGGUGAUUAGCAGUAGAAACAUUCUAAUCCAUCCUUUUGAAAUAAAGAAAAAACAUUCUAAUCCUUGAA